CAAAAAAGUGCAUAUAAUUCUUGGACUCACUUUGCUUUCAAUUGGUCUGACCAUGGCUGCUUCUCUUGCGCUUUCAACCCAUGUCUCUUCUAUACCCCGCAAAAUCCGUCGCCGAUCACUUUCUGUGCCCUCUUCUUCGGUCUCCACCGCCAUUUUCAUGAACCCGGUAUCGAAACCAAAUAAAAAUGAUAUUUUUUUCUUAAAGAAUCCUUCAAAAGCAGCGCUAAUUUCUCGGAAAUUCAUUGCUUGUACUUCUAUUGGAGACACUGACACGAAAGAUUCCAGCUUGGUGGGUGAGGACUCUGCGGCGUUCGAUUUUGAGGAGCAGAAGAUAUCUUCGUGGAUUUAUUUCACUGUAAUUUUGGGAGUGGUUCUGUUCGUUCUUAAUGUAGUUUGGAUUGACAAUUCCACCGGCUAUGGUAAAGCUUUCAUUGAGGCGGUUUCAGGACUUUCAGAUAGUCAUGAGGUGGUAAUGUUGAUCCUGAUACUCAUCUUUGCCAGUGUCCACAGUGGCAUGGCUAGCUUUCGAGACACUGCUGAGAAGGUCAUUGGAGAAAGAGCUUAUCGUGUUCUUUUUGCAGGAAUAUCACUACCCUUGGCUGUCAGUACUGUUGUGUAUUUUAUUAACCACAGAUACGAUGGACUUCAACUCUGGCAAGUACAGAAUGUUCCUGGGCUUCACCACCUUCUGUGGCUGGCCAAUUUCAUUUCCUUCUUCUUCCUAUAUCCUUCAACGUUUAAUCUUCUAGAGGUUGCGGCAGUUGACAAGCCUAAGUUACAUCUCUGGGAAACUGGCAUCAUGAGAAUAACUAGACAUCCACAGAUGGUUGGGCAGGUUAUAUGGUGUCUAGCUCACACAAUUUGGAUUGGAAAUUCUGUGGCUGUUGCUGCUUCUGUUGGCUUGAUUGCACAUCAUCUAUUUGGUGUUUGGAACGGUGACAGGCGACUCGCUAGAAGAUAUGGUGACGAUUUUGAGACCGUUAAAGCUCGAACAAGCAUAGUCCCAUUUGCGGCAAUCCUUGAUGGCCGGCAAAAGUUACCGAAAGAUUACUACAGGGAGUUUAUCAGGUUGCCAUACUUGACAAUCACUGCAGUAACAUUAGGAGCUUACUUUGCUCAUCCCCUUAUGCAAUCUGCUAGUUUCAACCUUCACUGGUAGGUACUACACCGCAUUAUCUCCUCCAAUGAAAUAUCAUGUUGAGAUGCAUGACAACAAUGCAAACUAUGCACCUCAGCAACUAGAGAUGUAUACAGAUCAACAAAGAUACAAUGAUGAAAGAAAUCAAUUGAAAAUUUGAUGUGA